AUGAGUGACAAAUGGGACUCAAGCCCUUUUGACAACUGGGAUCUCACCUGGAAUGUUAAUGACACACAGCAUCCUCUGGUCUCAGAUAUUAAUAUCACCUAUGUGAACUACUAUCUUCACCAGCCUCAAGUGGCAGCAGUCUUCAUUAUUUCCUACUUCCUAAUCUUCUUCCUGUGCAUGGUGGGAAACAUUGUGGUUUGCUUUGUUGUAACAAGGAACAAACACAUGCACACAGUCACUAAUCUCUUCAUUUUAAACCUGGCCAUAAGUGAUUUACUAGUUGGCAUAUUCUGUAUGCCUAUAACACUGCUGGACAAUAUUAUAGCAGGAUGGCCAUUUGGAAGUACAAUGUGCAAGAUCAGUGGAUUGGUCCAAGGAAUAUCAGUUGCAGCUUCGGUCUUUACUUUAGUUGCAAUAGCAGUGGAUAGAUUCCGCUGUGUGGUCUACCCUUUUAAACCAAAGCUCACUAUGAAGACAGCAUCUGCCACUGUAGUGAUCAUCUGGGUCCUGGCCAUCACCAUCAUGUUGCCAUCUGCAGCAAUGUUACACAUGCAAGAAGAAAAGUACUACCACGUGAGACUUGACUUGCAGAAUAAAACCAGCCCAGUCUACUGGUGCCAGGAAGACUGGCCAAAUCAGGAAAUGAGGAAGAUCUACACCACUGUGCUGUUCACUGCUAUCUAUGUGGCUCCUCUGUCCCUCAUUGUCAUCAUGCAUGGGAAGAUUGGAAUUUCACUUUUCAAGAACACAGUGCCUCACACAGGCAAAUGGAACCAGGAGCAUCAGCACAUGGUGUCUAAGAAGAAGCAGAAGAUUAUUAAGAUGCUCCUUACAGUAGCUCUGCUUUUCAUGCUAUCCUGGCUACCCCUGUGGACUCUGAUGCUGCUCUCAGACUAUGCUGACCUUUCCUCAAAUGAGUUGCAGGUCAUUAACAUCUACAUCUACCCUUUUGCGCACUGGAUGGCCUUUUCUAACAGCAGUGUCAACCCCAUCAUUUAUGGUUUCUUCAAUGAAAAUUUUCGCCGUGGCUUCCAAGAUACUUUCCAACUUCAGAUCUGCCAAGAAAGAGCAAACCUCAAGGAAGCCUAUGCUCUAAGAGAUAAAAACAACAUGGUCAUAAAUCGAUCUAGUCAGCUUGCCCAGCAGUCUGCACUGCAAAGCCCACGCAGAGAGAAUGCACUAAAUAGAAAUAGUGCUGAAAACAUCAAACAGGAAUUAAUGAGGGAAGACUUGGGAGAAGCUACAGAUGGUAAUGAGAUUGGAAAAGACGCAGUGUGAUUAUCCUAUCCCCAUUGUGGUUACAUGUUUAAAUACCAUUGCUUUUUGUGGCUUUGUACUUCAAUUCUUUCUAGUGUUCUACAAAAAUCAUUUACUGAAAGCCUUCUAUGGCAAAAACUUAAAUAAUAAACAAAUAUGGUCUCAUUAUCACAAAACCAGUCUUAUGAUGUGUAAAAUAUGUAGUGACUCAUACAUCUGCCUGAAAGUAUCCAUUUCUAAGAGUACUUUUCAAAGCCUGACCUUUGCCAGCUGAAACUUUUGUAUGUGAGUCAAAGGAACCAAACACAUCUGUGUUUAUCUUAUAAAUGUAUGUGAAACAACCACCCAUCUUCCCCAAAUCCUGAUAA